AGACAAAGUCUUGGAAACAACAUGAGGCUGAGUAAAUGAUGACAUUUUUAAAGUGGAGAAAAUGUUCCAGUUGAUGGCCGUAUUCUUACAGUAUCAUUAUGUGCAUGAUAAUGGUGUUUCACCUUCAAAAACAAAAAUCCACACACAGUAUUAAAUUACAGCAGAUAGUGAAGGGUUAACUAGAGAGGCUUUGCCCCACCUCCCUCUCCCUCCCAUGUGAAACAGUAUCGGUGUUUUGCCUCACUCUUCUCCCUGCUUCCAUAAUGGCUGUUCGUUUUGCAGUGAGCUCUGCAGAAAGAAGGAUCGGAUUCAGUUUUCUGAGGCCCAUGACAGUGGCCACAGACGUCAGGAGAGGGGCAGUAGGUAAUGCUGCUGCUUCUGUCACUGUCCAGGACAGCCACGGGAAGCUCAAGACUGUGGCUGACCUCCCAGAGAUCAAAACCUUUGGGAUGAUGUACAGACUGCUCUUUAAACGGUACCUGAAUCGCAUGCAUGAGCUGCAGAUAUAUGAAAAACAGCUUUAUGGCCCUUUGUACAAAGUGAAUGCUGGAAACUUUCAAGCCAUUUCAGUAAACAGUGUGGACUUACUGGAGGAACUCCUUAGAAAAGAUGAGAAGUUUCCUUCCAGAGGAGACAUGACUUUGUGGACAGAGUACCGUGACAUGAAAGACAUCGGCUAUGGCCCUUUCACAGAAGAAGGAGAGAAAUGGUACAGACUGCGGACAGUGCUGAACAAACGCAUGCUGCAUCCAAAGGACUCAGUGCAGUAUGGAGAUGUGGUCAAUGCGGUGGUCACAGACUUCAUCAAACGGAUUUACUCUCUGCGGGAGAUGAGCCCCACUGGUGAUCUGGUCUCUAACAUGACCAAUGAGCUUUAUCGCUUCUCCCUUGAAGGAAUCUCAUCCAUUCUGUUUGAGACACGCAUUGGCUGCCUGGAGAAAGAGAUUCCAGCCGAGACACAAGAUUUCAUUAAUUCUAUUGCACAAAUGUUUACCUACAGCAUGCCUGUGGUGUUCCUGCCAAACUGGACUCGCAAUUACUUGCCAUUUUGGCAGUGGUACAUUAAUGGCUGGGAUGGCAUAUUCAAAUUCGCCAGAAAAAUGAUUGACAUGAAGAUGGAGGCCAUACAGAAGCGUGUGGAUGCAAAUCAGGAGGUUGAUGGGGAGUAUCUCACCUACCUGCUUUCCAAUGUCAAGAUGAGCAGUAAAGACGUUUAUGGAAGUAUUUCUGAGCUGCUGUUGGCUGGAGUGGACACAACCUCCAACACUAUGUUGUGGGCGCUGUAUCUCCUCUCAAGAGAUCCAGAAGCUCAAGAGGCUCUGUAUCAGGAUGUAACCAGAGUCUUGAAGGGUGACAGAAUCCCAACAGCACAGGAAGUGAACAGCAUGCCUUACCUCAAAGCUGUCAUCAAAGAAGCAUUAAGGAUGUACCCUGUGGUGCCCAUGAAUUCUCGUCUUAUUGCAGAAAAUGAUGUUGUCAUUGGUGGACACUUUUUCCCUAAAAAGACAACAUUCACUCUGUGCCACUAUGCAAUCAGCCAUGAUGAGAAAGUCUUCCCAGAGCCAUGGAAGUUCAAACCUGACCGCUGGCUCAGAGAUGGCAGAACGAGACCCAACCCAUUUGGGUCAAUCCCAUUUGGCUUUGGAGUCAGAGGCUGUGUUGGCCGUCGCAUUGCUGAACUGGAGUUGUAUCUGGGUUUGGCAAGGCUAAUCAAGUUGUUUGAAAUCCGACCAGACCCAACUGUGGGUGAGGUUCAGUCACUCAAUCGCACAGUGCUUGUGCCAGACAGACAGGUGAACCUCCACUUUGUGGAGAGAAAGAAGGCAUCUUCUGAUCUGUAGCUAAAGAAUACCACAAUUUCAGCAAGAUAUAAGCUGCCUUUGUAGUGUACAUAUAUGAAAAUUAUCAGCUAGUGUGAGUCAUAUGAAGAUGUCAACUAUUUUACCUCUGUCUGGAUAUAUUUCUGUUGUGCUUUGGGAUAUGCAGUUAUAAAGGACCCUGUAUAACGCUGUGAAAAAUACAGCUUUUUUCCCCACACAGUUUUGUAUAUCUCUUUCCAUUAAAUUGUUGUGAAUUGUAU